GCCGCCACCGCCACUGCCGCCGGCGCCGCUCCUCCUCCGUGUCAGUUGUUGAGCUGUAAUGGCGACUGGGCCGCCGCUGCCGAAGUGACUCCCGGGCGGGGAAGCCGGGCUGGACCUGCGCCUGCGAGGACUGCGGAGAGCCGCAGCUCGGGAGGGGGCUCGCGGCGGGGGGAGAGGAGGCCGCCUCUGCGCUGCUCCUUCCUUCCCUGCCGCCCGGCGGAUCCCAGGAACCGGGGCGAGGCGGGCACCCGGUGCGGUGCGUCCCCGGAGCGGGGAGGCCAGGCCGGGCAGCCCUGGGGCCGGUCAGGGCGGCGUCACUGCACCCUCCGCCAGGCCCCGCGGGAUGCACCGUGGGAGCCGAGGGCGGAGGCGACACUCUCAGGUAAAUUGGCAAGAUGAGGAGCAGCAAGUCAAAAGAGGUGCCUUUACCAAGUUCAAGGAGCUCUCAAAGCAAGGAGACUGUUCAAGAUGUAACCACACCGUGGGAUGUACUUUCUCAGACCAAGGCUGCUCUGAGACACAUUGAGAACAAAUUAGAAGUAACCCCUACAAGUACAGCUAUAAUUGAUUCUGUGAUGGAUGCUAAGAAGUCUGCAAGUGCUACCCGCAAAAUAAGUAGGAAAGAUGGUAGAUAUCUAGAUGAGUCUUGGAUCAGUGCUCCAACUUCCAAAUCUUCUAAACCACGAAAAGAGAAAUCUCGUAGUCCUCUCAGGGUUACCACCCUGGAAAGUAACGUUAAGAAAAACAGUCGUGUGGAAUUCCGUGAACCUUUGGUUUCUUACAGGGAAAGCCAUGGUACACCUUUCAGCUUAAGCCCCAAUCAUCUGGAGUCAAAGCAUGUGUAUUAUGUUCACGAGGAAAAGGCUGAGAGUGGGAAGCAAAUAGUAGGCAAUCGGGAAGAUCGGAAUAUCCGUUGCUGUGAUCUUGAGAGUUCUCAACCAUCUGUCAUCAGUGAUACAGUUGUUAGAUUUUUAAAUGAUGGACCAGCAAUUGAUGCAUUGCACAGUUCUGAAUGUUUGAUUAAAAUGGGAGUACAUGUAAGAACUGAGGAAGAAUUGCCUAACAGAGCAAAAGGAAGUGAGAACACUUCAAAGCCUUCUCUUAAUAACAUGGGACACGAUGUUGAUCCAAAAGUGUUGCUGCUGUCUGACUCUUCUCCAUCCUUUACUAGUGCCUGUAAUUCCCAAAGAUUAGAUAUUGCAAAGCGGCGACAACAUGAUGCUAAACUGGAAAAACUCAAGGAACGGAUUAGGAAACAGUGGGAACAUUCAGAAGAAGUAAAUGGCCAGGCCCAGACUCUGGGUCCUGUUGACCAUCCAGUAAUGGUUGUUAACGUUGAUAACUCAGUGACAACAAAGGUCAGGAAAGUGGCGACAGCACCGCCUGCUCCGGCAUAUAAAGGUUUCAACCCUUCAGAGACCAAGAUUCGCACACCCGAUGGAAAAGUGUGGCAGGAGGCUGAGUUUCAAAGCCUGAGUAGAGAGCUGUACCGAGACUUAGCACUUCAGUUUGCAGAUGAAAUCUCUGUAAAAGAAAAGCCUGCUGAAAAAAGUAAGGAGAAGAAAGUGGUCAAGCCAGUACGAAAAAUCCAGAAAGUGACACAGUUGUCAAAUGCAGAGUGCAAAACAGGUAGUAGUCGUCUGAUAAGCACAUCUUCGUGGCGAGAUGGACAAAAGUUGGUGAAGAAGAUUCUGGGACCUGCACCCAAGAUGGAGCAGAAAGAGCCAAGACCAGCAUCGAGUGACCGAAACGCGCGCGAGAGAGUGGCGAGAUUCGGGGGCCAUAUUGGAAGAGCAGAAUCUGACCCCAAGUUGGAUAUUUCACAUAAACACCUUCCACGAAGCUCAGAACGUUCAAGAAGUAGAGCUCGGUCUGAAAAUAAUAUAGUGAAAUCAGCUCCAUCCCUUCCAGACAAUAAGCAGGAGGAAAACAAUGCCUUAAACAAGGAUUUUUUGCCAGUUGAAAUUCGUGACAUUCUUGAUGAUUUACAGUUAGAUUCUUCAGCUCAAACCGUGAGGCAAGAGGUUGGAGAGUUACAGAAUCAGAAGUCAUCGGCACCCGUACAAGUGCCUCGGAGUCACAGCCCAGUGAAAAGAAAGCCCGACAGAAUAACAGCUAGUGAGGACCCUCCUGUCAUCUCCAAAAAGCGCCACUAUGACACAGACGAGGUGCGGCAGUACAUCGUCAGACAGCAGGAGGAGAGGAGGAGAAAGCAGAGUGAAGAGAAGAAGGCUCAGAAGGAGGCCACGGAGCAGAAGAACAAACGCUUACAGGAGCUCUACCGCAGACAGAGAGAAGUCUUCACUAAAGCAAAAGCCGUGCCUCCUGAUCCGACAGCCUCCAGGCGGCUGCAGGAAACGUACUCCAAACUGCUGCUAGAGAAGACUUUGCUAGAAGAGCCGGCUCCUCAGCAUGUUACACAGGAAACACAGGCCAGACCUGGGUAUCAACCCUCUGGAGAAUCUGACAAAGAAAACAAAGUACAGGAGCGUCCUCCCAGUGCGUCUUCGAGCAGUGACCUGUCCCUGUCAGAACCGCCACAGCCUCUUGCAAGAAGAGACUUGAUGGAGCCCACAUGGAUGCAGCCUGACAGGUUGAGCCCACGAGUUCACAGCUCUCAAGCUCAGCCCCUUGUUGGAGCGGCUGAAAAUUUACUCUCCCAUCUCUUGCAUCUCGAGCACAAGGACCUAGACUCUGUUUUACCAGCCAAGAAGAGUCAUAAUAAGGCUUCAGGACCGUUAACUUGUACACCUCAACCAUGUCUGACCUCACAAGCUCCUCAUCCAGAUGCCUUGUUAAAACCUAGUACCAGCCAAUAUAAGAGUAAACUGGAUCGUAUUGAAGCCUUGAAAGCAACAGCUGCUUCUCUGUCCAGCAGGAUUGAAAGUGAAGCUAAGAAACUAGCUGGGGCCAGCAUUAACUGUGGGACAGUAUGGAACCCUGAGUAUGAUGGGAAGCAGGCACUUCAAGAGAAUGGACUUUGGACUAAAGCUCUCAGUCCACCUGUGAAAGAUGACAUUGAAGAUGUUUUCUCUGCCCGGAUUCAGAAGAUGCUGGGAACCUGUGUAUCUCAUGCUACUUUUGAUGAUGAUCUUCCUGGUGUAGGCAGUCUUAGUGAAUUUAAAAAACUUCCUGAGAUGAUCAGACCCCAGAGUGCCAUCUCAAGCUUCAGGAUGACGUCCCCUAGUCCUAAACGAGGAGGGCUGCUGGCACAGUUGUGUAAGAGGCAGACUGACUCUCCUGGCUCUGAGAUACAAUCCUGUUCUCAGGAAAGAGCCAAAAGGUCUCUUUGUUCCAGCCUAGACUCAGUUAGUGAAGGGCCUCUUCUUAGUGAAGGGAGUCUCUCUGAGGAAGAAGGAGGCCGGGAUGCACGGCCCCUUCUGAAGGUAGCAGAAAUCUUAAAAGAAAAAGAAUUCUGCGCUGGAGAGAGAAACUCUUAUGAACCCAUCAAGGAGUUUCAGAAGGAAGCUGAGAAAUUCUUGCCACUUUUGGGCCACAUAGGUGGUACACAAAGUAAAGGACCGUGGGAAGAACUGGCGAAGGGAAGUCCACAUAGUGUCAUUAAUAUUUUUACCAAGUCAUAUCAGUUAUAUGGAAAAGCGUUUGAAGACAGAGGAAUAUCACGGCCCCUCAAUGCCACCACAACCCCACUCAGCAGUAUUUCCUAUGAAGAUGAUUUUGUCUCCUCUCCAGGAAGUGGGACGCUGACCGAAAAAAAGUCAACUCUCGAAUCUCAAAUUGUUAGUAGCAACUUAGGCAUCCAGGAGGACCAUUCCAGCAGAAAGUCUGUCUAUGAUCUUUCCUCUGUGGACGCUACCUCUCAGCAUUCCUCAGGGGCUCAGUCUGCUGUAUCAUCUCGUUCAUCUGCUUCUAAAGGAAAGAAAGGAAAAAAGGAAAAGAUAGAAUGGUUGGAUUCAUUCACUGGAAAUGCUCAGAGCUCACUUAUUGAUGAGGAGAAAAUACAGUCUGACUCAGAACGUGGUUCCCAUCAAGGAAAGAAACUUGGGACUGGCAGCAACCUUGCUGUUAGAGACUAUGAGCAGAUGCUAGACACGGAGAACACUUUGGAAGAACUUUCUGGGCAUUCUGUGAGUGACUCAUCGGACAAAGGAAGAUCUCAGAAGACUCCAACUUCUCCACUAUCUCCAAGUUCUCAGAAAUUGUUACAGUUUGACCUCCCCGGGACUUCUUUAGAAAGAUCUAAGUCCUCAGCCAUAGUUCCUCCGACUACAGCUGGAUUUAAGCCCACUGCAGCUUUCACUGAUGUGAACAAAACAGAGAUGGCUCCAACACCAGGUUCUAAGCGUUUCUCUCCUGCUGGCCUUCAGCAUCGCAUGGCCGCAGAACUCAGUUACCUGAGUGCCAUUGAGGAGUCAGUGCGUCAGCUGUCAGAUGUGGAGCGAGUUAGAGGCAUUUCACUCGCUCAGCAGGAGAGUGUAUCUCUGGCUCAGAUCAUAAAGGCACAACAGCAGCGCCAUGAAAGAGAUUUGGCCUUAUUGAAGCUAAAAGCUGAACAAGAAGCCCUGGAGUGCCAGAGACAGUUAGAAGAAACCCGGAACAAAACAGCCCAGGUCCAUGCAGAAUCGUUACAGCAGGUGGUGAAAUCACAAAGAGAGGUGACGGAAGUCCUCCAGGACGCAACUUGUAAAAUAGCAGCUCAGCAGACAGAGACUGCUCGCCUCACCACAGACGCAGCUCGGCAGAUCUGUGAGAUAGCAGAACUAACUCGAACACAAAUCUCAGAUGCCAUUGGUGCUUCUGGAGUUCCCCUAACAGCACUGUAUGACCACCAGCGGCAGCAUCUUCCAGACUUUAUGAAACAACUGAGGACCAAAGCUGAAACAGAUAGGAUAAGUCAGUCUGUUUCACUCUCUCAGAGUAAGGAAGGAGCUCUGGACUCAAAGCGUCAGAAGUAUUCCCCUUCAUAUGAUAGUUAUUCUCAGUCUUCAAGGUACAAGAAUCAUGAUCGAAGAAGUAGUAGUGGUAGCAGCCGUCAAGAAAGCCCUUCAGUUCCAUCUUGUAAGGAAAAUGAGAAGAAAUUUCAUGGUGAAAAGAUGGAGAGUUCAAUUGAUGAACAACUUCAGACUGCUGCAGAUGAUUCUUUACGAAGUGAUAGCAUUCCAUCCCUUCCUGAGGAGAAAGACUCGACUUCUGUUGCAACAGAAUACUCCCUGAAAUUUGAUGAGUCUAUGACAGAAGACGAAAUAGAAGAGAAGUCAUUUCGAUCUUUGCUCCCUUCUGAGAGUCACCGCAGAUUCACCAUGGACAAGAAAAGAGGCCAUCAUGAUGACUCUGAUGAAGACGCUUCCCCAGACAAGACUGCACUGUCUUCUGCCAAGGAGCUGAGCAUGCCAUUCUCAGGAGGACAGGAUAGCUUUUCUAAGUUCACUAUGGAGAUGGUGCGACAGUAUAUGAAAGAAGAGGAAAUGCGUGCAGCUCACCAGUCCUCACUCCUGCGACUUCGAGAAAAGGCCUUAAAGGAGAAGACAAAGGCUGAAUUAGCCUGGCUGGAACAUCAAAAAAAACAUCUACGAGACAAAGGAGAGGAUGAUAAGAUGCCCCCACUCCGGAAAAAACAGCGCGGUUUGCUUUUAAGACUGCAGCAAGAAAAGGCAGAAAUAAAACGUCUUCAGGAAGCCAAUAAGGCAGCUCGGAAGGAAAGGCAACUGAUUCUUAAGCAACAGGAAGAGAUAGAGAGGAUCCGGCAGACCACCAUAAAACUGCAGGAGAAGUUGAAGUCUGCAGGGGAGAAUAAAUUGGGCUCUCAUAGUGAUGAUGAUACAAAGGAUAAUAAGGCAGCUAGUCCUGGUACAACUGGUUUGGAGACCCGGAGUCCUUCUCCAAUAUCUAUUUCCAGCAGUGAAACCAGCAGCAUCAUGCAGAAACUGAAGAACAUGAGAAGCCGCAUGGAUGAAAAGUUUCUGACCAAGCGGGAACAGAAGCUGAUGCAGCGACGGCAGCAUGCGGAGGAGCUCCUGGAGUGGAAGCGGCGUUUGGACGCAGAGGAAGCGGAGAUCCGACAGAUGGAAAAACAAGCUCUGGCUGCCUGGGACAAAGAACUGAUAAAACCCCAGACUCCCAAGAGAGAGCUGGAGAGCCAGAGGACAGAGCAGAAAGGAAUAACAAGUGAAGAGGAAUCUCCAGUGCCUUCCUACUCUCAUCGAAACAGUGAAAAUUGUAUUACAGAAGAAUUAGACGGCCCUUCUGUGCUAUGCAUACCUUCUGAGUCUAUGGUACAAGCACAGACCGGGAGUCCAGAUCACAGUAUACUUACUGAGGAAAUGGUUUUUUCACAGGAACUGGAAUCUACCUCUCCUAGUAAACAUUCACCUCCCAAAAGCUGUUUAUCUGUGUCAAAGCAAGAGUCUAGCAAAGGAAGUCCUAGGACUGAAGGACACUGUCACCUGCCUGUCAAGUCUCAUCAACCCAGUUACAGUUGGUCAGAUGAAUCACUGUCUGUGACACAGUCAGAAACUACAUCUGACCAGAGUGACAUUGAAGGUAGGAUCAGAGCUCUGAAGGAGGAGCUGCGGAAGAGAAGGUCAGUUGUGGAGCAGCUGAAGAAGGAGCAGAGGAAAAGGCAGAAGGAAAGGCUGAAAGCCCAAGAGGCCAGUCUGCUCCGACAGCUGGAGACUUACGAUGAAUUCAUUAAGAAAACUGAAGGUGAGCUUAGCCAAGAUUUGGACACAUCACCAACAUCCAAACUUCAAAUUAAAACUCUCUCCUCUGUUUCUGAAAAACCCAAAAUCAAGCCCCACCCACUACACAGAUCUGAAACAGCAAAAACAUGGAAAUCCAUACCAGAGUCAGAGCGCUCCAGAGGCUCCUUGGCAUCCAUUGCUGAACAUGUUGAUUCUUCAUUAUCAUGUUCUGAGAGAGCCCUAUCGGAAAGAUCAUUAUCUGCAUAUGCAAAGAGAGUGGUUGAGUUGGACAGUCGGAUAGAAGAACACUUACAGGCCUCAUCUCCAGUUCUGUCUUCGAGAAAAACCCGGACAGAAUCUGGAGACUCUCUCGGAAGUGCACCUUCAUUACCUCCUCCUAAGGAAUUAAGUGCACCUAAUAAGACCUAUGAUCUGUCAGAGGCUAAGGCUGAAGAGGCUAGUCAAAAAUCAGAAAUCCAAGAAAUAGAAUACACACAACUGGAGAAAAGCGAGACCGAAGAUGCCUGUUCUGGGCAGUCGGAGAGACCUGAAGGCUUGCUGAAACUAGACCUGACCUCUGAAAUCCCUUCAAAGAAAGAGCUGCCUUCCGACUCUACAAAGAUUCAGAAAGAUUCAGCUAAAUCAACCAUUGAAAUUUUUCAUGAAAAAAAGGAAGUAUUGAAAGAGAGUCAGUCUGAUCAAAGUCAAGACAUCCAGUCAGCAAGAGAUAUCCAUGAGCAAAAAGGCAGAGAGAAAGGGGACUCGGCCUUGUCAGGACACCUUUAUGCUCCUAAAGAGUCAUCUUAUUCUGAAGAUUUUGAAGUGUCUUCUUUCAAGAAAGGGAUUUCUGCUGAAGAGAUUAACAAAGAUGACUCCGAGGUGUCCUCAUCGUCUCUCAGAAAAGACUCACCGUCCUACAGAGAGAAGUCCCAGCUGACGAGGAGCUGUAGAAGUCGAGCGUCUGGGUUUGGUAGUGAUGAUGAAAUCAGUGAGUGCCUAAGUGAAAAGAGCCUUUCCAUCCAUAGCAGUGUUCACUCUGAAAGGCUGCUGGAACUCAAGUCCCCUACUGAGCUGAUGAAAAGUGAGGAGCGCAGUGACGUGGGACAUGAACACGGCCUUCCUGCUUCCCUUUCCCUGGCUGCAGUUCCUGCUGCAGAUGAGCUACUGGACUUCCACAUUGGGGAUAGGGUGUUAAUAGGCAAUGUUCAGCCAGGCACUCUUCGAUUCAAAGGUGAGACUAACUUUGCUAAAGGAUUUUGGGCUGGAGUAGAACUGGAUAAACCUGAAGGAAAUAACAAUGGAACAUAUGAUGGCAUUGUAUAUUUUGUGUGCAAAGAUAAGCAUGGUAUUUUUGCUCCUCCUCAAAAAAUAUCUCACAUUCUAGAAAACUUUAAUGACUACAUAGACAUAAAUGAAGAUGAAGAAUCUUAUUCUGAUGAACAUUAUCAAUACUAUAAUCAAGAGCAGAAAGAUAUAAAAUGUCUAAAAGACAAAGAAGACGAUGUAGCCGAAUAUUUUUGUGAGAAAUCGCUACCUAAUAUGCAUAAUCUAGAAGCCUCAGUGGAUACAGAUAGAAGCCUUAACAUAGAAACAGACAACGAACUGGACAUUUCUGGGGUCCUAGAAGCCCAUGUUCACCAACAGUCUUCAGUAGAUACCCUGAUUGCUAGUAAGGAGAGCAAGGCCCUUGAUUCGGGCGUCACAGAAAAUGUUCCCGAUGCUGCAGGUGCUACUCCAGACAGCAUGGCUUCUGAAGAGUCAAAGCUACAACAGCUUGCAGAGAAGGAAGAGAACUCCUAUUCCCAAGUUUCAGAAAAGCCUUCUACCCCACUUCUGGAUCUUUUAACAAGAGAAAAAAACCAAUUAGAAGCUCAGCUGAAGUCAUCAAUAAGUGUAGAAAAAAAGUCAAAGCAACAACUAGAAACAGUCAGCUUACUGGCAGACAGUUUACUAAAAGAUUUUGUGACAGACACAGUCAGUCAACUACAACAAAUCAAAAAGGCUAGGAAUGAGAAAAUCCAGCUUAGCAAUCAGGAGUUUCUUGACCAAAAGGAAGUACUGCCCCAAGAUCCAACCCAAAAUAUUGAGGAACAACUACCCAGUGUUCCAAGUUGCUUUUUAAGGUCUGAAUUGGAAGAUGAAAAAGAAGAGCUCUCUUCUCCAGACAUGUGUCCCAGACCUGAAAGCCCAGUGUUUGGUGCCAGUGGGCAAGAAGAGCUAGCUAAGAGACUCGCUGAACUUGAGAUCAGCCGCGAGUUCCUGAGCACAUUAGAUGACCAAGACUGGUUUGAUGAAGAUUUUGGUUUGAGCUCUUCUCACAAGAUCCAAAAGAAUAAGGCAGAAGAAACAAUUGUACCUCUAAUGGCAGAACCUAAGAGAGCACCCCAGAAGCCAUGUGAAACAUUGUUGGCGGUUCCCCACACGGCAGAAGAAGUAGAAAGCCUUGUACAUGAUGCAGCAGAGGAGCUUUGGAAAUGGAAAGAAUUAGGCCAGGACCUUCAGAGCCUCAGGAUUCCUACGAAACUGCUGGGCUGUGCCAGUAAGGGUCUAGACAUAGAAAGCACUAGUAAAAGAGUCUACAAACAGGCGGUUUUUGAUUUAACAAAAGAAAUUUUUGAGGAAAUAUUUGCUGAGGAUCCAAACUUGAAUCAGCCUGUCUGGAUGAAGCCAUGUAGAAUCAACUCGAGUUAUUUCCGACGUGUGAAAAACCCAAAUAACCUUAAUGAAAUCAAGCACUUCAUAACAACUGAAGUACUCAAAUUGUUUAGUCUUAAGAAGGAGCCCAACCACAAAACAGAUUGGCAGAAAAUGAUGAAAUUUGGAAGAAAGAAGAGAGACCGAGUAGACCACAUCCUGGUCCAAGAGCUCCACGAGGAGGAGGCACAGUGGGUUAACUAUGAUGAGGAUGAGUUGUGUGUGAAGAUGCAGCUGGCUGAUGGGAUCUUUGAGACCUUGAUCAAAGAUACUAUUGAUGUUCUCAAUCAGAUCAGUGAAAAACAGGGGAGAAUGCUACUUGUGUGACAUCUUGCAAAUAAAUCGAACACUGAGUGCUAACAUGAGUCCCUGGGCCUUUCUGCCUCGUGAUAUACACCCCAUCUCCACCAUAGCAAGAAUGCUUCUGGACCUUGAACCUGUUCUUAUGGACCGCUGGUUUGGAGUUCAUGGGACAAUGUGGUAUAUCUGGUAUUACAGCCUUUGCCUUUACAGACUGUCCAUGGAUUACGUGGUUCUUUCCUGUGGGCAGGGUUACACUCCUGAUGUUGAGACUUGGUAUCAUCAUUCACCUCAUUAGUACCCCUACUAGGUCUCAGAUGAGGGCUGAGAACACCAGAGUUACCUCUGAGCUUAGACAAGGCUAUCACUUCCUUGAGUUUCAUCAGGAAAGAGAGGUAAAUAAGUUCAUCUUUUAACUUUCAAAAUAUAAUCCUGGUCUAUAUAAAGAAAGUCAUAAAUGGACAUUGUAGUCUCUGAACAGUAUUAAACCAUAACCACUUCUAAAAUAGGCAAAUUCAAGAUUCUCUGCCUAUUCACAUUCUGGAGUUUAUUUCUUCUUGAAGACCAGUUUCUUCCAUCCUUCAAGUGGAGCAGCACCGAGUGGACAUCAGAAAUAAGUGGUAGCUUUGCUUUUUGGGCACCACCUAAGAAACUAUAACCCAUUGCAUUGUGUUGAAUUUUCCUGUCUGGGCGAAAAACCAAUGCCCCACUGAAGAUGAGGCUCCAGGACUGCUCCGGGCUGGUUCCUCUGCCCGGUCCCAGGCUCUUUCCUCAUUUGCCCUAACCUCUACCAGCUGCUCUCAGAAUCGUAGAUACUCAGGACCAUCUCAGGCAUCCAGGCAUGGCAAAAGUGGAAAGAAUUCAUUUUGGCCUUCAAACUUUGAACCCCCAUCUCUCCCCAGAAGUCAGAUGCUGUUACUUGAAUGGUCUGGGAAAUGAGUGUGUGCACCAAAGACAAGGAGAUAUUGUCUGUAGUCUGCGUGCUUGUUUUGCUCUGUGGAACAUUCUUUAAUUUAUUUUAAGAUAAAUUAUUAAGUUGAAGAUGUGUGUCCCUAUUGAGAAGUGAUUCUCAUAAUAGUAAACCUCUGUCUCGAAGCUUCUACAGUUUAGUCUUCACACAGGAAAGAAAGCUGCAGUUUUAAUAAAUCUGUAUACACACUGAAGAAUCAGUUCAGUCCAUCAAAAAGACGACAGACAUUUACAAUGUCACCCGUGACAGCAGGCAUGAGAGAAGACUUGAAAGCUGCUGUAAAGUUGAAUCCCACCUCUCUUGCAUCUUACAACUAUUACCUGGACCUGAGAAAACUCCAGACUCCAGCUGCUACAGUAGAGCACUUGCCUUCUAGACUGGUUUCUCAUCAGUCCUGUCCUUCAAGUAACCCCGGAGAAUGUGGAUGAUCUUAGGCGUGAAUGUAAAUGCCUUAACCUUACAGUUCCGACUAGAGCAGCAUGGUAAGACAUCCGCUGGGUUCACACUUACAGAUACCCUGGACAUUACGGCUUCAAAACACAUUAGAAAACCCAAAGACAGCGUAACCCUUAAGUGUGCACGUCUGUUCUUUUCUGCAUCUUUCUUCCAAACUUGCCUUUGCAUCUCAAAUAUUUCACUAUGCACACUUCAUUUCUCUUCAGUUUCAUCCUGUCAUUACGCGAGAUCUGCUGAAUUCAUCAUUGGGAUAUUUGCAUUUUGCACAGUGACUGGUGUGCUAGCUCUUGACAAUAGGAAAGCACUGCAGUGCUACCACUGGGUCUCCUAAUGCUCAGGUGGGUCUGUCUCAUCAGCGUCUUCUGGGCACUUGGUGUUGGGCUGUCGUCUUCAGCCAUAGUGAGCAACUUGACUAAGAGAAGCCAAGGUUCCGUGGGUUAUUACCAGUAGUGUGGAAAAGUGUUUUUAUAUGGCCAGUGACAGCAAAGAUAGUUCUCUUCAGUUUGUUCUUUAGAAGACAGGAAACAUCUUAUGUACAUCCCUCGACUGUUUGUAGGAUCACAUUGUCUUUAUGAUACUGAACUUUACAGCUGCUAUACUUUUUUACAAAUGAAUAUCAAAUUCUAAUAGGAAUAUAGGUUGUUUUCCACAUCUUCAUUAUUUGGACCUAAACUUAAUUUUUAAUAAGAAAGUGUAUCUUUAAAAUGCCAGAAAAGGAAAAACAUACUGAUAUAAGUCCAUGGACUCAUCAGUCUGGACACUGCUGGACCAUGGCAGUGACCAUCCUAACCUCCUCCAGCUGUCUUCACUAUCCAAGAAUCCUGUGUUCCAGAAAAGAGACAGGAAUAGACCCGUCUCUUCCUUUGCUAGCAAUCAUAUCUACAGUUGGUAGCAAAAAACAAAAGAAUCUAGAGUUAGCAGGUUUCUUACUAUUUUAACUAUUUGGAUCUCACUGAGAUGGGUUUAUUGUUAGGAUCAGGAAUGAUAAAUGUGGAUACCCAGCCACUCGUUCCAUACUGGGAUCUUUUUAAUGAAGCCCUGCCUCAUAACCAAGAACCUACUAGUCCCUCUUUCUAAUCUUUGCUCCCUCUCCCACACCCUGUCCUUUCCUCUUUCUGCAUAAUUCCCCUAGAAGAUCUUUGCAUCAGCAGUAAUACCGUUUAGAAUAGCACUGUCAGAACCUAGUAGUAAACCACCAUGUAGGCUUCAGAGUUUCUUCUGAGUCCAAAACAAUUUGUGCUAUCCAGGGCAGUUAACUCUGGGUUAACCAAGUACAGGGUAUCGAUUCCCUCUUCAGGUCUAAACAGGAAUUUUUACUCUAGGGAAACGUGGGAAGAGCUCAAAAGUAGUUAAUAAGGAAGGUGAAUUCCUUCUGUGACUACAGGUCUCUGAGAAAUUAUCUUUCAAAAGAGAUUGCAUUGCUCAUAAGAGUGUUGUGGCCUAUUGAUAAAAACAAUUUUGUUCACUUUCUUGUCUUGAAAAAAAAGUGGCCUUAGCUUUUUGCAAUACUUGAAUAAAGUGUGUACUUGCAAAAGAAUUUCUGUAGCACAGCAUUAGAGACUCAUAACUUUUCUGCAAGAAAUUCAAACUUACAUCUUCCUUUUACUACCUUAAGAAUACUAGUGAAUAAAACAUUAAUUCAAAGAGCAAGUGAUAGAAACUACAAUGAUGUUUAAUGCAAAUUGUAGGAAUUUACAUGUUUACAAAUCAUCUUAAACUGGUUGUGCAGCAAUUCAAUAAAAUCUUUGUAUUAUAAAAAUGUGAAGAAAAAUGUAAACUGGUAUAAAGGAGGUACUGUCAUUUUAAUGAACCUAUGUUUAAAAGCUUUUCCUUCUGGACUUUGCAAAGCCUUCUUGGUUACACAUUGCAAAGCAUUCUCUAGGGGGCUCAGCCUCCUCGUGUGUACUGUACUGUGCAGACAUGAAAAAGAAACCCGUUUACUGUGUGUGUGUAAAUAGCCUGAUCAUCAGGCCAUUGUCAGCCGAUAGACACACCCGUGCAGCUCUGCACAGAAGACUAAGGGUGUGGCUUGUAAGUACUCUGUAAAAUAACUGGGACGAAUUCCCAUGUAUACCUGUGUAAAUAGAUUUGUUAACUAAAAUGUACUUUAAGAUGAAAUCUGUAAAUAAAUUGAUUUAUAAAUUA